UCAGAAUGGGGCCUGCAAAUGGAACUCAUGCCCCAGUCGGUGGCCUUAAAGCAGACCCAACCACCGACGCCUUCUACUUUUCCCUUGCCGACGUCUGCAAGGAAUGCAUGGUCCUGGGAGGUCAGGCCCAAGUCUCGUUUGCCAAUGGAUCCCGCCAGGACACCACUGCCGGCGUGUACACCCACCAUCUGAUCACGACAGAUGUCGGGAGGAAGAGCCCUCAGUUGCCAGUGACUCCAGUCUGCCCCAAUGGCACAGCCGCUGCACCCCCGGGCGGAGCGUCUGGUAUGGGCGGUAUGGGCGGUAUGGGCGGUAUGGGUGGCAUGGAAGGUGCUGGUCACUCUCACGGACGGCGUCACUCUCUCGGACGUCGUCAAGAUAGCACGGUUAUCCCCGGAUUACCUGAGGGGGCAGCUUCUAUGGCCGCGUCGAUGUUCGUCUCAUCGGGUGAAGACGCCUCCCCAUCAUUCUACGCGUCCAACGACCCAACUGUUAAGACUGGGUUCUACAUCGCAAAAGACGACAAGAUCAGCGGCAUGCUUGAACUUGUCAACUAUGACAACUGGGAGAAAGACAUCUAUAUGGCCUUGGACUACGAAUACCUCCCUGGCCCACGUGAACCAGGAUGGUUGGAUGUUGGCAAGGGAACGGUCAAUAUUGACGGAUGUGGUGGUUCAAUUGAUUUCCAUCCGCCAGCAGACCGUGCCGUGACGUAUAACGGAACCGACUGGAAGAUCGGAGGAGACGGGUACGUGUUGAACUUCACCCCCCAUCUCCACGAUGGCGCGAUCGAUGUCAAUAUAUUUUUGAAUGGAGAGUCCAUCUGCAACUCCAAGGCAAUCUACGGCAAUGGUGAAGGGAAAAUGGAAGUCGAUGGUGAGGAUUGGGAGACGAUUACGGCGUAUGAGCCAUGCGAGAAGGCGAUCAAGGUCAAGAAAGGCGACAUCAUGAGGUUGGACUCCACGUACGACUUGACCAAGCACCGACUCCGACCGGACUCUCAGAAUCACGAGAUGGGCGCAGAGGCAAUGGCGCUUGCUGCGUUUAUCUUCGCUCUGCCUGAAGAAGUCGCAGCAACGCCCGCGGAUCCGGGGCAUGCUCAUUAGCAGCUCGAGGGGGUGGUGGAUGGUGGAUAGAUAUCUCUACAAGUAGGGCAAUGAAAAUCGUGCA